UAAGGCGAACGGACUCUCAAGAGUGCGAUGGAACGUUCAUUUUUCUAUCACGGGUUGAAAAAAUCAUCCUAAAGCUGACAGUACAUCGAAGGAAAGCGAUCGUAAACCACUCUAGCGUGAUUCUCAUUCGCCCAUGUCCAURAAAAAAUAGUCUGCGCAAUCUGCGUAAUACAUAGUACAUGAUUUGCCCUAGUCCCCAGCAUCAGGCAAGAAAGAAGCGUGACCAACAAUCCCUCCAAUCACGAUGACGACAAAUACACAGCAACCAGCUAAACCCUCUAAACUUAUCAAGCCCAAUUCCUUUGAGCCGAACAACCACUGGGUACAUAAAGGAUAUGAGAAACCGAUAGACCCAGUUGCCAAGUACUUUUUGGAACUUGACGGGUCUUCUAUUGUGAGACGUUAUUGCAUGCUACAUCCUAUGGUUAGUAAAGAAAAGUUGGAAACAUUGUUGGCAUACCAGCCCAGGUAUUUCCUGUGGGCCGGGGCAGAUCUGAUGAAAGUCGCGUCAAAAGAUGGAGAAAAGAAAAUGGUGCUUAUUGAAAAUAAUUCUUGUCCAUCCGGUCAGAAAUACAUGCCUCUUGUGGAUAAAGAACAAAAACAUGGAGGCUACCGUACCUUCUUGGAGCGUACUUUCAAGACAACUUUGAAUAGCAGACGGUUAGUCCAAGGAGAACUGGCUGUUCUUUACGAUAAGAACCCCAUCGAAACAACUGGUUAUGCUCAUGCCAUGGCUGAUUUAUUCAAUGAAGAGGUCCAUUUUGUUUCAGCAUACAUUGAUGAGACAAACCCAGCUUUUGAAUUCCGUGAUGGCGUCUUGCAUGUUUUUGGAGAGGAUCAAACAUGGCACCCCAUCCGAGCUGCCUUCCGUUACGUCACUCAACGCCCAUGGAAUCGUCUUCCAAUCUCUUCGAAGACUUUGAUUGUGAAUCCUUCCAUUGUGUGUUUAGCUGGUGGAAGGAACAAGUUACUUGCGUCCAAGGCCUAUACCAGUUUCAACAAAGAGCUGCUGGAUACUGGAUUAGCUAUUAACACCCCACUUACCAUAUGUGACGUACAAAGGCGUGACAUCCCGAAUUGGGUGGCAAAAUUUGGUGGCCAGGCUGUAAUCAAGAUCCCUUAUAGCAACGCAGGUCAGGGAGUCUAUAUCAUUAAGAAUGAGGAACAACUACAAGACUUUCUUAAUGAGAACCAUCCAUAUGAACUGUAUAUUGUCCAGGAACUAAUUGGGUUAAGAGAGGAAGGUCACGAAGGUGUCCAACGGUAUACCCACAUAGGGACCUUGCCCUCAGAAAAGGGAUGUGUCUACGUAUCUGAUGUUCGUAUGAUGGUUAGUUCUAGCCCUACAGGUCUCAGGCCCGUUGGAAUGUACUCAAGAAGAGCAGGUCGACCUAUCGUAGAUGGAUUCGGUGAAGUAAGUGACCACGCUGAGGCAUUCAUGACCAACCUCUCUUUCAAGAAUCCAGACGGAACGUGGAAUUCAGACGUCGACAGGAUGAUUCGACAUGAUUGUCAUAAUUUCCUCCAGCUUGGCUUGGGAUUGGAUGACCUGAUCGAGGCAUACGUGCAGACAGUGUUAUCAACAAUUGCUAUUGACAAGAUGGCACAAGCUUUGUGCGAUGAAAAUGGUCAGUUUAGUAAAGAAGUCUUUCAGAGUCUGAAUGAUGAUUCGCUUUUGCUUUCUGAAAUUAUGAAUGUAUAGUAAGGAACAUUAUUCAGUAUCUAUUUCACUAGGUAUUUUAUUAUAUGAUUGAUCUCGGCUGGGAACUGAGGGCAGCUAGUUAAGAGAAGGACAGCAAGGGCAAGCAAAGCAGUGACAAGAGGACUAGAGCAGAGAGAUAAGAUAAAGGCCCUCUCUUCGGGGAAAGGACCAAAACACUUUGAAAGGGAGGCCAAGUUUAAGAACACUUCAAGUUUUGUCAUAUAAGUAUAACCUAAUUUAGCAAUUUUUACAAGAAUUUUUACAUGUGAACAGUUUUUUUGAUCGAGAAUUUUCAAACUAACCUUCGAUCGCCCUCAUGUGCCGACAACGGCUGUCGUGCGUAUUCAAGAACUUAGGAGUUAUAUACCUCUAUUUCAAAAAACGUUGUCACCGCCAUCAUUCCGAAACGAAAAUGGUUUCAUCGACAACAAACAACAUUUAAUUAGUCCCAACACUAAGGUCCAUAUUCUUGASGGGAAUAAGAAGCAGAAACAGUAUUCUUGGAUCCUGGAAGGACCUCUCUCUAUAGAGCUGUUCAGUGUGACGUAAUUCGAUCGAACGUAAAACAACUUCCUGGUCCAACUUAAUAAUUGCAUCUACAGACAUUUUUCUGUGUUUUUUCUUUAUAGCAGGAUUUUCUAGUCUGUUCAUAUAUCUAAUCGUUGAAGGUAGAGAUUAAAUCCUGGGAAUAAAUGUGGCAAGAUAUUAGCGAUCUUUCGUGUGAUUUGACCCGGAAAUACGUCACAACUUAAAAGCCCUAUAUUGCUUAUCUCUCAUCUCCUAUUGCCGGCUAUUCCCUUUGGCGAUGACAUAUUUUAUUGAAAUAGUUGUAUAUGGCUUACAGAUUCAGCAACACGCGUACGUAAUGUACGGCUUAGGUCUUGAAGAAAAGGGACGCAUGUACUAUAUCUGAGACUCAAGUAUUAUAUAGGUAUUUGAUUAGUUUAGUCUAUUGUUUUUCAAAGUAUAGUAGUAAUAAAUUGUGCAAGGGCAUUUGA